AUGAAAGCUCAUCAGAAAGAGGCCACAGCUUUUGCAACCUUAAAAAUAGAUGGAUACUUCAAAAAGACGUCGAGUAACAUUUCAAUGGUGCCUUCGAAACAAGUACAAAGUGUAGAUGUUGCUGUUGAUGGUUUAGUCGAAAGGCUGGAGCAAAAGAAAAAAAAUGCUAAUUUUGGCGGUUAA